CUUUGCCAGAGAUAACGCACAUCUUUCUCUCUUACUUCACAUAAAUGGCUUCUACUCAAUUACUCAUCAAAGCAAGCUCUGCUGUUUUGUCUCCUUCUCAGGACAAAGCCCCUGCUUCCGUCCUUGUCGACAAAUCCACCGGCAAGAUUAUUGAGAUUGCCAUUGGAGAUGCUGAAUUGUCCACUGCAAUGUCUGACGAUGUAGAGGUUUGUGAACUCAACGACAAUCAAGUUUUGAUUCCUGGUCUUGUUGAUGCUCAUGUGCAUCUUAACGAACCUGGCCGUACUGAAUGGGAAGGCUUCGAAACCGGUACCAAGGCUGCUGCUGCAGGAGGUGUCACCACUGUCAUUGAUAUGCCCCUCAAUGCUAUCCCUCCCACCACCACAGUUGCUAACUUCAAUCUUAAGAAGGAUGCUGCUCAGGGCCAAUGCUACACUGACGUUGGUUUCUGGGGCGGUGUAAUCCCUGGUAACCAGUUUGAUCUCCAACCUUUGAUUAAGAGUGGUGUUCGCGGCUUCAAGUGCUUUUUGAUCGAAUCCGGUGUCGAUGAAUUCCCUUGCGUCAACGAAAAGGAAGUUCGUUUCGCUAUGGAGAAGUUGGUUGGAACCGACUCUGUUCUGCUUUUCCAUGCCGAAAUGGACUGCGCAAAUCACGACCACGACACCAAGGCUGAUGUUGACAAGGCUGGUGACGCCUACAACACCUUUUUGGAUUCCCGUCCUCAAUCACUCGAAACCAAUGCCAUUGAUAUGAUCAUUCGUCUCACCCGAGAAUUCCAUGAUGCUGGAAAGCCAGUUCGUACUCACAUUGUCCAUUUGUCGGCCGCUGAAGCUUUGCCUGCUAUCCGUGCUGCCAAGGCUGAUGGUCUUCCAUUGACCGUUGAAACCUGCUUCCAUUACCUCACCUUCUUCUCCGAGUCCAUUCCCGAUGGUGCUACUCACUACAAGUGCUGCCCUCCUAUUCGUGAAAAUAGCAACCGCGAAGAAUUGUGGGAAGCUCUUUUGGACGGUACCAUUGACUAUGUCGUCAGCGACCACUCACCUUGUGUUGCCGAACUCAAGCGUCUCGACGUUGAUGGUGACUUCAUGAAGGCCUGGGGUGGUAUCUCUGGCGUUCAAUUCGGCUUACCUUCCGUUUGGACCGAAGGCCGCAAGCGUGGAAUUACCAUUCAGCAACUCGUCAACUGGUUGAGUUACACCCCUGCUAAGAUGACUCGCAUUAACGAGCGCAAGGGUGAAAUCAAGGUUGGAGCUGACGCCGAUUUCUUGAUCUGGGAACCAGAAAGCACUUUUGUUAUCCAGGCUGCCGACCUCCAAUUCAAGAACAAGCUCUCCCCUUACGUUGGCCUUGAAAUGCACGGUGUUGUUGCCAAGACCAUUCUCCGUGGCAACACUGUGUACUCUGCAGAAGCCAAGUUCGGCGACAAGAAGGCUGUUGGUGAUCUUGUUUUGUAAAGUUGUUCGAACAACUAUUUUGCUUUACGUCUUUCCAUUUCUACAUCACAUAUUGGGCCAUACCCUUCAUCCCUCCCCCUCACAACGUUAGAUUAUCAAAGACAUUUUUUCCCUCUGCCCAAUCUUGGGCAUA